GUGACAACGUUUUCUCCUUCUGUUCACUGAAUCUUAUGACAAGCAGGACAGACGGUCAAACAACUCAAUAAGUGCCUCUUUAAAUUCAACACCAACAUGGAGCCAGGCUUGUUGAGCACUGAUGAAGGGAUGAGACCAAGGAGAUUGCAAGGGGAGGCCAAGAAGAAACAGGAACCAAGAAAGAUGAGCCAAUUUCUAUUGAAACGGAAAGUCUUUACUGAAAGCAAGCCCUUGCUUGAUGAGCUUCUGGAAGUGCAAGAUUUCCGCACUGUGUACAACAUCUUUGUGGCAGUACUCUGUAUUUUCACUCUUAGGGCGGUCCUUGUGGAUUUCAUUGAUACAGGACGCAUUUUCCUUGAUUUUGAAGUCAUCAUCUUUGCUUUUGGACGGCUACACAUGGCAAUCUUGCCUUGGCUCUUCAUGUUCCUCUACACCUUAUUGGUGCCCUAUCAUGUCCUGCAAAUCUGGGUCAACCUUUUGAAGACACUCCAGUUGCCCACUCUUCUCACAAUCAUUGGAGCAGUGGUGUUGCUGAUCGGCCAUGCAACUGUUUUGGGCUUCUAUCCUGUCUACACUCUCAUGUCGCAGCCUUUUGGGCCUGCCUCCGGUUGGGUCAUUACCCUCGAGCAGAUCCGGUUCCUGAUGAAAAGCUAUUCCUUUCUGCGGGAAACUGUGCCUCCAAUCCUUCAGGCCAGGUCAAAUGAUGGGAAGAUGCAGCUACCUCAAUUCUCUACUUAUCUGUAUUUUCUCUUCUGCCCUACUUUGAUCUACAGGGAGAACUAUCCAAGGACACCUUGUGUUCGAUGGAAGUAUGUCAUCGAGAACUUUGCUAAGUUCCUGAUCUGCCUGUUUUAUGGAGCCAUGCUCUUCAAGUGCUUCACAAUUCCUAUCUUCAGCAACAUGAAUAAGCAGCCCCUCACCUUCCGAAGUUUCAUGCUGAUUGUCUUCAGUGCAACAUUGGCAGCAUUAUAUUUGGCAAUUCUGAUUUGGUACACCUUUCUCCACUGUUGGCUCAAUGCCUUUGCCGAAAUUAUGCGCUUUGCUGACCGCACUUUCUACAAGGACUGGUGGAACGCCACAUCUAUCUUUCCAUUCUUACGGAAUUGGAAUAUAAUAGUACAUGAUUGGCUGCACUGUUAUAUCUAUCAGGACCUUCUGUGGGUAUUCAAAUUAAAGGGCCAGUCUGUGGCUGCAUUGUCCACCUUCAUUGUUUCAGGCGCUUUUCAUGAAUAUGUCUUCAUGAUGAGUUUUGGCUUCUUCUACCCGCUUCUGUUCAUAUCCUGGCUUACUGUCUUCUCAUCAGAUAUCUUGGGAAUGCCCAAAUCAAACACCAUAUUAUGGAUACGUAUGCUAUUUGGUCUAGCACUUGUGUUCUCCAUGCACUCCCUAGAAUGGUAUGCCCGAAUCCACUGUCCAGUCCAGAAGAGUACAUUCUGGACAAGAGUGACCCCACGUACUUGGUCCUGUUAUUCCUAGGCCAUAACAACCCCCAGCUGACCUUUCAAAAAGUUAUUCCUCCUCUCUGCUCCGUUACUGAAAAAAAAACCUCCAGGCAGAAGCACCUGGCAUUUUUCCUUCUGCUAAUGGGAAGAUUGUUUUAUUCCUACUUCUAAGACAUCCCUCAGUAGUUCUUCAAAACCUCUGCCAUUCUUUUAUAUUAAGCUGACUAGGGGCCCUUCCACACAGCUAUAUCCCAGGAUAUCAAUACAGGAAAUCCCACAUUAACUGAGUGUG